AUGCCAUCUAGACACCAGAAAAGCGUUUGCCAAGGCAACAGCCAGCCUUUCUACUCGGCUCUUCUCUUGCUUUCGAUGACAUUCCCAAAAGUUUCCCACGCACAGAUCCUCCCCGCGGUGUUGACGACGUUUAUCACUUCGGCUACCCCUCCAUCGAACACCCUUCUCGCCUUAAACACUCGUCAACUAGACUCUACCCAGUCAGCGGAAGAUACGUCGAGCCAUGUCUAUAACUACUAUUUUGUGAUUGUCGCCGUCUUCGUGGUUCUCAUCUUCUUCAUCCUUCUAUAUUUUACUCGGCGUCGGAAGCGGAAGGCUGAACUUUUACGGAACAAUGGUCGGACUGCUUUGGCACGCGAUGUACAAACUUUCGCAGACUUCAGAACAAGGUUUGGGCCGAGGAGAGGGGGGUCUAGGGUAAUGGGAAUGACAAUGGGCUCAACGGGCGUACACAGAGAAACACCGGAGGGUUUGGACGAAAGGGGGGAAGCACCUCCAGCUUAUGUGGAGGGUGGUAAGCCGCCGAGUUUGAGGAGUGAUGAUGGAAUCGCAAUGAUGAUCUCUAACGAAGAUCAUGACAAUGCCAACGGCGCACCUAGUGCGCCAGUUGUGGCGACUGCGGGAAAUAACAGUAGUACUACGGAGCACGAUGCAUCGGGUUUGGGGUCCAGAUUAUCUGCGGAACUUUCGCGAUCAACCAUCACAACUGCAAGGAAUAUGGAAGGACGUACAUCUCUCGGGGAUCUAUCAACGCCGGUCGCAGGUGUAGUAGAGUCGAAUCAAGGUGUGGAAUUACGGCCAUUGAGUCGAAGUGCGUCGACACGCCCACCUUUAGGACCACCCACAUACUCCGAGACAUAUUUGGGCGAAGAACCCGACCUUACGAGGCCAGCUGCCGCGGUGACAGCCCAUGACCGGUUUGCUUCAACGAGGAGAUUCAUGAGUGAUAGUAGAACUUCAUCUGAAACAUGA